CGGAAGUGAAGCUCAUUUGAAGGGCUAAGUACAGAUGGUAAAGAGGUGAAGGCACCUGCACAUGUGUCCAGUUCCCGCCGGUGGUGGCUCUCCUCCGUCUGGUGGCUCUCGACGAGUGCCCCGUUCAAGGAAAUGCCUUGCCAUACUGGCGCACGAGUAAGACGACGCAACACGGGUUACGAUGCGGUUGCGUGGCAGUGGCGAUGGAGGAGUGAGUGCGGCCAUUCCGAGCGUUGCUGCUGCGACCCCACGUGAAGUGGCACCUUCGCAGAGCUUCAAGCUAAGAAUUCUUGACAACACAGCUUGUGGCUGCAGUCAGCCCAGUUGUGAGCUCCUAAAGCGGGACUCACGCGCUCGCGUCAGCAGCAUUCUCCAACUUUUUAUCACAGGUAGGGCCAGCAACAGCGAGAGCUUCUUUCACAAUGUUCGGUGCAGCUGCUCGCAUCGCAGCUAGGCCAGCUGCUGCUGCAGCAGCUGCGGGUGUCGCGGCCAAUGCAGCUCAGGGUUCCGCCCAGGCGCGCGCGCCCGCACAGAGCGCCGGGCGCCAGGCGGUGCACGCGCCUGUCCAUAACAACAAGCUGGUCGACCGUGAUGUGGAUUCCGGCUGGCUGGACGUGCAGCUGAAGGAUGAGGUGGUUCUGUUCCAGCCCUUCAACACGCAGGAGCUGGACCAGGCCGCAGACACCGUGCUGGCGCUGUUUGGAGGCAGCGCCGGCCCCUCCACCUCCACCUCCGCCUCCACCUCCGCCGGCCCCAUCGUGACGGAGCCCGAGGACGCUGACGGCCACCCGCAGCAGCACGGCAGCGGCCGCAGCAGCGACGACGGCGGCGCCGGCAGCGACCUCGCGGACGCCUACAUCGAGGCGGCGGCGGCGGCCAACGCCCGCGCGGUGGCGGCGGGUCAUCGGGCCCGGGAGCGGGAGCAGCUGGAGGGACUCAUGGCCAUCACCACACGACUGCUGCGGCGUCCGGGCAUGCAGCGCGAGGUGGUGUUGUGCAUGCUGGAGGACACCGAGGUGCGCGAGCUCAUGAUGCGCCAGUGCAGCGACCUGGACCGCUACCUGCUGGCCGCCGGCAUCCACACGCCGCAGCUGCUGCCGCCCGCCGCCGCCGCCGCCGCCGAGGGCCUGACCUCCGCCUCCGCCUCCUCCACCUUCUCCACCACCUCCGCCGCCUCCGCCGCCUCCGCCACCGCCACCGCGGAGGCCUCCACGAACCAGUCACCGCCCCAGUCGCAGCAGGGCGGUGGCGUCGGCGGCCCUGGCGGGCUGGUUUCCAAGCUGGUGGGCGCUGUGGCGGGCGCCAUUGAGCGGGCGGGCGACGCACUGGCCUGCUUGGGUGGCUGGGUACGCCGCCACCUGGCCGCCAGCCUGCCCUUCGUGGGCCCCGCCGACCACCAGCCGCAGGCCACCGCGGGGGCCUGGGGCGAGGCGCAGGAGGGCGUGGAGGAGGAGGGGGUUCAGGAGCAGGGGGGCGGCGGCAGGGCGCGCCGCGGCGGCGCGCAGCCCAAGCGCGGCGCAGACCUGGUCCUGGGCGGCGUGAUGGCGCUGGCGGUGGCGGUGUUCGCGGUGGCGGUCAUCCGGCGGCCGCUGGUGCUGCGGCAGCUGAGCCGCAGCUUCCGCUAGGCAGGCGGAGGGGGGCAGCGGGCGCCUGGGGACACGGAGGGAGGGGACACGGCAUGCACGGAGGGGACACGGGGUCGCGGGGGCGGCGCUCCGCGUGUACGCCCGAGCCCGACGAUAUGGCCCCAGGGUGCGUGUGCUGGAGCCGGCAUGACUCUCUUAAGGUAGCCAAAUGCCUCGUCAUCUGAUUAGUGACGCGCAUGAAUGGAGCCGCGCGAGGACAGCUGAAUGCGGCGAGGCAGCUCAAUGAAGCACUGGAGCUGGGGAGGCGCGCUGCGUGAGCGGGAGGCUGAGUGACGUGUCACGGCAGCUGGGGCAAAGGAGCUGCGUGUGUGCGUGGGAAAGGCGGAGGAGAUGCGGCGGGCCUGGAGAAGGAGGCGUGGGCUGCUUUGUCAGCCCGCUUGGCUUAUGGCGCGCGGCGCGUGCUGCUGAAUUUUGCUGGUUAGAUGUGUGCUGGACGCGUCCACACGCUGUAUGCACCUGUACCCGAUUUUUCUGUACAAUAGAAAAAAUAGGCCGCAGGGAAAAUUCGGGCGGAGCGAGAAGUGCCGGAUUUGCGGGGAUGCCAAAGGCCCCCAACAUAGAGGCGUGUGCUUAGUAGGCGCCCGCGUCAAGGUGGCUGGGUUGAUAACGACCCGGGAUCAGCCCUUUUCCUGCCAUAAGGCAGCCACCUCCUUGUUCUGUACAAUGUUGUAGCUUUUUGUGUAGUUUCAUCCCGCGACCUCCGUAUGCAAGCUUAAGACAGAAAGGCUUGGGCUCGAGGAUUAAGCAACAUGGGUGUGGGCUUCCGGUGUUUGUCCAAGGCACAAGCAGGGCUGUGUUGGGAGUGAGUUGAGCGCCUAGGCACUUGGCUGCAUAGUACAUGGCGAUGGGCAAAUAAGAAUCAGGGUUUCAAGGCAUAAACAAAGGCACAUGGCGGGGAGACUGGCACGAAGCCGUGGCCGAGGUUAGGUUUUGUUUACGUAGGCUACGUGCGCAGGGCGGUGCCCGACGCAGAAUGGUGCUGGCGUGAAAUUUCCGCAUGACUGACCGUUGAGUUGUGCCGCAGCGGCUAUCAAGUUUAGGAAAGGUGUGGGUGAAUGGCGUGUGGCUCAGCUCAAUCCUGGCUUAUUGGUUGGUGAGGAGGCAGCAGGCGGUGCGGGGGCGGGGGCGGGGGCCCAGUUGUUCGGGCUGGGUGGUGAACGGAUGUGGACGUGUUGGAGACGGCUACAGCAGAAGAAGACGAGGCAGAGGCGGCAGCGGUGGCGGCGGCGGCAGACUGUAGGCAAGCGGGAUGUUCAGCCAAGGUAUGGGUGGCGCACGAAUGAGGGCCAGGCUGGUCCGCUGGUGUAGACACGCCAAUCCGUGCACGUCAGCAUGUUCUGUGUAAUUCAAGAUGCAA